AUGGCGCUUUUGGUGGACUCGAAGGCGGUGUUCUCGGAGCAGGCCAAGCUGUACGGCCUCGCCGAGUUCAUCCCCAAGCUGGCCGAGAAGGGCUGGGACACUUUCGGGAACCUCGCUUUCUGCACUACGUGCAUUCCGGGCCAGGGGGGCGACUCCAAGCUUUCGCGGGACCUCAUUACCCCGGUGCUGGGCUCGGCCGAGCACCCUCAGGCGGCGGCGCUCAGACGCUUGCAUUUCGAGGCGCGCACGAUCGCGGCGGCGGACUUGCGGCGGCGAGUUGAGCGCGCGGACGCGGACCCCCCUCGGAGGCUCCCCAACGCGGAGAAGGAGGAGCGCCGCAAGGUCGUCGCCGAUCGUCUCGGACCUGGGCUUCGCCUUGAGGGCAAUUUGGACCCAUCGUAUGGUUUGAUCGACUUGGCGACGGGCUUUUACGAGGACGACCGGCUGCAGUACAUCCCAUGGGAGGAUUGCAACACCUUGAACCAGGAGGUCGAGGGCACCCGCAAGGUCAAGGUGUGGAAGCCAGACCAUGCCGGCCUCAUCCGGGAGAUCCUUGUCGAUGAGGUUGCGGCGACGGCGGACAUUUCCACCGACCUGUUGCUGAAGCAGACGCUCCAACGACGGGGACUAGCCCUCGAGAUGGGCGACGUGCUCAGCUUCGACAUGCACGAGAAGCUCGUGGACCUCCUUAUUGGGGAGUAUCAGAGGGGGCCGCCCCCAGGCUACACUAGGGUGAGCAUCGAGCAGCUGGCGCGGGCGGAUCGCGAGGUAUUCAAGCACCUCGUUUCCAAGACCCGCUCUGGCAUCAGGCGGAACCUCGAGGGGGGGCGGCCCCUGGAUGUCCUGUUCGAGGCCACGCUGCAGCUCUCCAAGGUCACGCUCCUCCUGGCGCCGCUGCAGGGCGCCCCGGGAGGGUCCGGGAAGAAGCGCCCUAGGGAGGGCGACGCCCCGGGGCCUGCGGGGAAGGGGCGAUCUGCCCGCAGGACCGCGGCGCGGAAUCAGCGCGUCGAGGAGCUCAAGGCGGAGGCUGCUGCGGCAAAGGCGGCGGCAGCGGCUGCCCGAGCGCCCCAUGGGGCCAAGGCCGCAGCCAAGGGCUCCAAUGGGCCCGGGAUGCCCAGGGAGUUGAUCGGCGAGUGCGCCCGGACGUCCGAUAAUCGCCCUAUCUGUUUCAAUUACAAUUGGGGCAAGUGCGACCAGAAGGUGAAGCCUGGACAGAGCUGCUCCCGAGGCGUUCACGUAUGCUGCAAGAACGUCGGCAACAGGGCCGUCUGCGGAGUUUUGCUACACCCCCGGCUCGACGCAGCAAAUCGGGGGCAGCGCUACGCCAGCAUCAAUAAGCCCGGGGGCCGCUGCCGCGAGCACGCGUCCGUCGACUGCAUCUUCCUCUUCGCCUCCCGCUUCGGCCACUACGUGCUCCUUUUCCUGGUCUCCUGCAACCUUGCCAAUUGGGAUUGUUACGUCGCCGACGCCUUUCGGUUCGACGUCCGAUCCCGCAGUUUUGACAGAUUUGGGGAUUGGGCCCACCAUGGAUUCGACGCCUUCACUUCCCCGAUCGGGGCGCCCAGCCUCGACGGCCAGAUUGGCGCGGCGAGCAAGCGCAGAAAGGCAAGCAACCCAGCAGGCGACAAUUGCUCCCGCGUCCCCAGCGCUCCCACGAGGGCAACGACCCGCAUGGUCGCCGUCGAGACGUUCGCCAGGUCCGCCAAUCUCACAGCCAAGCUGGAGCUCCAGGGUUUUGACGCUUUCGGAGUUGAUCGUGAGGCCAACCGGCAUGUCCCGAAGGCCGGCAUUAUAGCGAUCGACCUGAGCACCCCAUCUGGAGCCCAGUUGUUCUUCACAGUCAUUUCCGACCCGUCGGUGGUGUACGUUCACUUUUGUGUCCCCUCCGACACGCUCAGCCGGGCCCGCGAGUCCUCCUACUCUGCUGACAACCCCCUCAGCAGCAUUCUGUGGGCCAUCCCUGGUUUCCGGGACCUGCUGAUCGCCGACGACACCGUGGCGACCAGCUUCCAGGUCUGCGCGCGCGGCGGCACGAGGGACAUGUGGAUGAGAUUACUGGCCAAUUUCGGGGAGAUCAGCGCUCUGGCGGCGGUCUGCCCCAAGAACCACAAACGCGCCCCGUGGGGGCCAGCCUGCCGAAUAGACACGUUCACAAGCUUCCGCGCCGUCCACGAGGCCGAGUACCCGGAUUUAUUGCGCGAGAGAUGGGCCGCCGUCAUCUCGCUGGCGGCAGCCGCGAUGGGGGCUCGCGCAGACCUCAAGGCAUUUACCUCCGACCAGCCUCGCAGGGACCCCUUCCAGCUCAUUUCAGAGUGCAAGACGGUCUUCGUCGUCCGCGCGGACCUCACGCGCGACAAGAUAUGGUUAGCUGCGAACAAGGGCCCUAUCCAGGAGGGGCAUAACUUGGCUGGGCGCCUACUCCCUCGAGGCGCAAAGAUACUUCAGGUUCGUGGAUUGGCCGCAGCUGGGGCGACUUUCGGGAACCUGGAUGACACCGAGGACGCUCCGCGACAGGGCGCGGCCUUGCCCCCGACUCACACCAGGGGCCCCGUCAUCGUGCAGGUUGGCAUCCCUUGGACCCCCUUCGAGUUCUUCCAGAAGGCCAAGGAGAUUGAGCCUCCCUGGGGCCGCAGGAGCGCCCCUCCACAUCGCUUAUGUGCGCCCGUGUUCAGGAUCCUCACGCUGGGCGCGAACGAGAUCAUCAGGAGCCGGCGGGAUCGACUUGACUACUGGAGGAGCCGCGCGGCCGCACUAGACGAGGCCGAGGCAGCCCUUCACGCCCAGGCGCACGCCGAGGUCCGACCUUUCCUCGUCGGCAAACGCCUUCUCCUCCUCCAGGAGGCGCUGGAGGUCGUCGGAUUCCCGUCCCCUGGCAAGUUGAUAGGUGAGGUCGUUGCUGGCGUCAAGCUUUUUGGCGAGUGCCCGGCCACGGGUGCGUUCCCGCUAAAGAAGACCGAGGCGUCCGCCUCCUUCGAUGACCUCUUCCGCACAUCCCGUUGGGCGCAGAUGACGUCCCCUGCUACGGCCCGGCCUUCGGGCGACCCGGAAAUUGACGACGUCAUCUUCGAGAAAACUCGGGCCGAAUGCAAGGCCGGGUGGGCGGUGGGCCCAUUGUCGAAGGAGCACUUGGACGAGGCGCAUGGCCCCUUGUGGGUUCCAGCGAGGAGGUUUGGAGUCCGGCAGGGCUCCGAUUACAGACCCAUCGACGAUUUCUCCGAGUUCGGGCACAAGCGCAACGGGGCCUCCGCGACGUCCGAGAAAAUCGAUCCUGGAGGCGUGGACGAGAUCGCGGCUAUGGCCAGAGCUCUUCUGUCAUCGGUUGAUUGGGAUACUGGCAGGGUGGAGCUCAAGCCGAGAGACGGGCCGCCUAUGGUGGGCCGCGUGCACGCCGGUUGGACGCCCGAAUACUUGUGCCGCCUUAUUGGACGUUCGUCUGACCUCUGGAAGGCUUUCAAGCAGCUUGCCCGCCGGCCGUCCUUCGCCGCCUUCUCGAUCGUCGCGGCGUGGAACCCGAGGUCGAAUGCCCCGGAGCUUCGCGAGCUGAGAGUUUGCCCGUUCGGGGCGCGGAACGUUGUAUGGGGUUUCAAUUGGCUUGCCAGGGGUUUUGAGUGGGCUUUGUGCUACAUAUUCGAUCUUGUGGCGACGCAUUACUUCGAUGAUUUUCCGCAGGUUGAACCGGCGUUGCUGGCGACAUCGGCGGAGACUACAUUCAAGGCCUUCAUGGGCCUCUUGGGAUGGCGGCUGAAGGGGGACGACGGGAAGGAUGUUCUUUUCGACGUGUCGUUCUCUACGUUGGGGGUCGUCUUCGAUUUCGCCAGGGCCCACAUCGACGCCACCUUCGCCGUGCGAAACAAGGGGGCCCGCAUCCCCGAGAUCCUCCGGGGCCUCCGCGAAGCCCAGGUAUCUGGAUUGCGCCCAGGCCUUGCUGCGAGCCUGCUGGGCCGCCUCAGGUGCGCCGGCUCCAACCUGUUCGGCAGGGCCGGCGCCGUGGGCCUGAAGCUCCUAUCUUCUAUGUCCGCACGCGGGGGCAUCCAGUGCGACCAGAGCGAGCUCCGGCACCUCUUCGCCUUCUGGGAGUUCUUUUUCGCGCACUCCAAGGACAGGACCGCGAGGGCCAACUUUGAGGCUCCACUGCUGAUCUUCUCCGACGGCGCCGUGGAGGGCAAGGAGUACAUGGGCGCCACCAUCGGCGCGGCGAUCUGGGAUCCGAGGGACGACUCCUUGGAGUUCUUCGGGCGCGUAGUGCCUCAUGCCUGGGCGGACAGGUGGGAGGCCGGAGGCGCGGACCAGGUGAUCGCCCAGGCAGAGUUGUACCCCGCGGUCGUCGCGCGCCACACCUGGGAACAGAAGAUCGCAGGGCGGCCGGUCAUCCAGUUCAUCGACGACGAUUCCACUCGCAUGGGCCUCCUGCGAGGGUUCUCCCCAGCGUCGGCGUCGGCGGGGCUCAUCGGCAUGAUCUUGCAGGAGGACGUCCGUCUUGAG